AUGGAUGGCCUCAUCGAUGCCUCCAAGGUGCCCUGCGUCUACAAGAGUUUCGGCUGCGAGAGGUAUGUCGACCAGCACUCGCUAGUGAAGCAUAGUUCUAGAUGCGUGCGCGCGCCCUACUACUGCUAUGAGUGCAUGUCACCAUUUGAGGGAUCGCUGGCGAGCCUCGUGCAUCACCUCACGGCACCGUCCGUCGAUCACUACUGGCCUGCGGCGGUGAACAUCAAGUACGAGACGUGCUACCCGUUCGCCGUGCCGGAAUCGCUGGAGGAUCACCGCCGGCUGCUAGUCGCGGAGGAGGACGGCAACGUCUUCCUCUUGGCCGUGGUACCGGCAAGGCCCGUGCAGGGCACCGCCCCGUCUAUGUAG